CACGUGUAUUCUUUCUUUUCGAGAAAGAACAGCCAUUUUGGAAAAUUAGGAUUUGGUUGAAAAUAUUUCGAUCAUGGCUGCUCGUCCAUUGAUAACAGUUUAUAAUGAGCAAGGUGAAGCUACAUCAAACUCAGUAGCCCUUCCUGCGGUUUUCAAAGCUCCAAUACGACCAGAUGUUGUCAAUUUUGUACACACAAAUAUGGCAAAAAACAAGCGCCAGCCAUAUGCUGUCAGCAGUAAAGCAGGUCACCAAACCUCUGCUGAGUCUUGGGGUACUGGUCGUGCUGUUGCUAGAAUACCUCGUGUGCGAGGUGGUGGUACGCAUCGCUCAGGCCAAGGUGCUUAUGGAAAUAUGUGUAGAGGAGGUCGUAUGUUUGCCCCAACUAAAACAUGGCGUAGAUGGCAUCGUAAGAUUAAUGUGAACCAGAAACGUUAUGCCAUGUGCUCAGCACUUGCUGGUUCAGCUUUGCCAGCGCUCGUCAUGGCUCGAGGUCACCGUAUUGAGAAUAUUCCUGAAGUGCCUUUGGUUGUUGCUAAUGGUAUUGAGUCUGUUCAAAAGACGUCAAAUGCUGUGAAACUUUUGAAAGACUUGAAUGCUUAUGAUGAUGUGAAGCGUUGCAAGAACUCAAAGAAGAUUAGGGCUGGAAAGGGUAAGAUGAGGAACCGGCGUUAUGUACAAAGGAAAGGUCCGCUUAUAAUAUACAAUGAGGAUCAUGGCAUUCGCCAAGCAUUCCGGAAUUUGCCUGGUGUUGAACUGCUUAACGUUGACCGAAUGAAUCUCCUCAAUUUAUGCCCUGGAGGACAUCUUGGAAGAUUCUGUAUUUGGACCCAAGGUGCCUUUGAGAAGCUUGAUGGUAUUUAUGGAACAUGGCGCAAAGCUUCCACUGAAAAGACCUCGUAUAAUUUGCCCAAACCCAUUAUGAAGAACAGUGAUUUGGCUCGACUGAUCAAUUCAGAAGAAAUCCAAAAAGUUGUUCGACCAGCUAAGUUGGCAACUAGACAUGCGCAACUGAAGAAGAACCCACUGAAAAAUCUUGGUGUAAUGUUGAAGUUGAACCCACAUGCAAAGACCACCAAGAGAGCUGCUAUUCUUGCACAGGAGCGAAGCAAAGAAGCCAGAAAGAAAGUGGUGGAGAAGAAAAGAAAGGCUUCAGGAAAAAAGCAAUAAAUAUUGAAUUGAUAAUCCGUAACUUGAAGAUUAUUAAAUAAUUCUCUCAGCAAAAAA